AGUUGCCCGCUGGUCUGCAGGCUGUAAGCAUCAGUUGUGAGUUCGUAUUGGCAAAACAGUCCCUUUUUUAAAUAGAUUUGCAGGAAACAAUGACAGCACGUGGUUUGAGACAUGGAUCAACUUGGCUUCUGCUGGCCUUCUCAGUGACGACUGCAUUUGGCGCCGUGCCGAAUGGUCUUGAUCUCAAGCUGGUUAAGGAGUUGACCAAAGAUCUGGGUAAAAACCAGGCCGUCUCCCCGUUCGUCGUCUCCACGCUCAUGUCACAGGUCUGGCUCUCGGCUGGUGGAUCCGCCAGGAGAGAGAUAACCUCUGCGUUGGGAGUGACUCAGCCGGCACCGGAAUCGUUUCUAACCGCGUACCAAUCAGCCAUCAACUACAUCUCGACUCCAGCAAAUUCGAGUCACAUCACCACGUCAGUUUUCAGCAAGAUGUAUGUCAGGGAGGGGUGGCCUAUCAAACAAUCCUUCAUUGACCUCCUUACAACUUACUACGGCGCCAGUGGUGUCUCAUAUUUUUCCUAUGCAAAAGAAGCAGCAGAUGAGAUAAAUAGCGACGUAGCCAAUGUAACCAACAACCGCAUUCCGUCGCUGGUUUCGGAGAAACAGCUGGAAAGAACGUCAUUGGUUUUGGUAAGCGCCCUGUACUUCAAAGGAAACUGGAAAGAUGCAUUUCAGCCGGACGGCAAAGGGUCUUUUCUCACAAUCAAUGGAGAAAAAUCAGUGGAUAUGAUGAAAUUAACGGAAACAAACUUCCCUUACACGAAUAUGGGGUCCUAUGACGCAAUGUCACUGCCAUACGCCGACGACCAAUACUGCAUGAUCAUAAUUAGACCGGUCAACAGAAGCAUGGACGCGGUUGCCGCACUCCGUGAUUCCUUCGAUCAGAUUGAUGUCGAUGGUUUAGUGGAGCGCAUGUAUGCUCCUUUUGGCACCAUGGACAUCAAGAUGCCCCGCUUUACCCUGCGUUCCAGUUAUACUUUGAAUGAAGCUUUAGAACAGACUGGCAUUCGAGAAAUAUUUCACUCACCAGACCUCAGUGGCCUUUAUGAACAACGUAACGGUAUAUAUGUUGGUUCCGUCAUUCAUAAGGUGUUUAUGGAAGUCAAUGAAAAUGGCACAGAGGCCGCGGGAGCCGGAGCCGUCCUCUACAUAUGGGAGAGUGUGCCCCUCAAUCCGCCGGAUGAGUUCCUCGUUGACCGACCGUUCUUCGCCUUGGUAUACAACAAGCUGCACAAAAUCAACUUAUUCACCGCUUUUAUCGCAUCACCGUGAAACUAUGUACGAUCCAUGAGCAACGCGGGAAUAAAAAGGAUGCUUUGGUUGAAUCGUACCAGAUGCUAGGCUAGCUAUUGAUUACAUUAACUAUAAUUGCACAGUUGGGAAAACGGUAUAUGUACGUUGUACGAUGCACACUACAUAUAGAGUCGUACAAUUACUUUUCACUUAUUUGCCUAAUCAUAAAUGCCUGUAACCUGGUCUGUGCCUGCUGAUCUUGUAAGCCAUGGUGUUGCUACGGAAGCAUUGCACGAAUACAUGUCAAAAUGUGUAACAUCUGAGAGUGUACCACGCACGGCUCAUCCAGCCUACAGACUGCAUCCGGUUUAAUGGUAGAGGCUGCACCAAUAACCGCGGGGAAUGAUAUACUGAGCAUCGCAUGCAUGUAGUACACUUACAGCGCCGCAAUGCGCGAGUGGUCGACGCUGCUAAAAACUGAACUUUUGAGACGAGCCAUGAUGGCCGAAUCAAUGGAUAUGAUUAACAUUGAAAAUCACAUUUACACAAACACUGGACACUG